UUUUCACAUGGACAGUAGAUGGAAACAUCUCUCUCUCCCCACGUAGCUCUUAGACAGGGCUUGGUCUUUACUAUCCAGAAUGUACUUCACCAAUAAGCCUAUUUCGUUUGGAUUGUGCUACAGUCUCCAUUCCUGUUCUCUAGAAGACUGCCCUGCAGCAACAAAACUCUGCACUCUACUCUGUAACUGGAGUGGGUAGCUUCCUUUGUUGGCACUUUGAAAGAAAAUUACAGACUCCAACAGAGUACCCACCCGCAUGAAACAGCAGGGAGAGCCGCUCCAGCCACGCUGCUAACGUGGCUCUGGCUGGAUUUUGCUCACAAAUGGGGCACGUAGCCUGUUUGUGAACAAAACCGCGCCCCCUGCAUCUGACAUCAGAUGCUGACGUCUGAUGUAGGGGGGGUGGCUGGGGGGCUGCUGCGGUGGGCUGAACUGGGGCCGCCCCUGGCCUCCCUUCACUACUUCCCCAAGGGCCUCACAGUCUAAAGAGAAUCACAAAGGCAUUCACCAGCAAAAGCCACUGGAGGGAUUCUGUGUUGAGAGGAGAGCUGGUCUAAGGGAGGGCGCUUUCCAGAUUGGACACUACAACAGUGUCACUACGUGUCCAUUAAGUGUGCUUCCGAACUACCUGUGUUUUGACAUCACCAGUCCGUGCACUGUUGUCAAGCAUGGUCUGUCCCUCUUCAUUACUGAAUCACAGCUAACACGGUUUGGAGUUUAUUGAGAUCUGUUUUCAACUCCAAGCAUAGACUGCGAGGGAGAGAAAAAGCAAGAUUAAAUCAAGACUACAAACAUGUUUCCACCACUCCUCCUCCUCCUCCUCCUGCAGCAGGGAGCUUUCCUUUUUGAAGGGGUCCAUUCCAACCCAGUCUCAAGGCUCCCCCUUUAUGGCGAGGUCAGGUCUCCUAAUUACCCAAAGCCAUAUCCAAACAACAACAUCACCACCUGGGACAUCACCGUUCCAAAAGGCUUCAAAGUAAAGCUGACUUUCAGGCAUUUUGAUUUGGAGCCAUCUGAAGCCUGCCUGUAUGACUAUGUCAAGAUCAGAGCAGACAAGAAAGACUUAGGCCGAUACUGUGGCCACCUGGGUUCAACCAUGGGCAACCAUCCUGGAGGAAGAGAGUUUGUGUCCACUGGAAACCGAAUGAAACUGUUCUUCCAUUCUGACUUCUCCAAUGAAGACAAUGGCAACCUUGUCUUCUACAAAGGUUUCUUGGCUUAUUACCAAGCUGUUGAUUUGGACGAGUGUACCCAAGAAAAUGAUGUUGAAGAUGAGGGACCUCGGUGCCAACACUUCUGCCACAACUAUGUAGGAGGGUACUUCUGCUCCUGCCAGCCCAGCUACCAACUCCAGAGUGACCGGCACUCCUGCAAAGUGGAGUGCAGCAAUGAAUUGUUCACAGAACCCUCCGGGUAUAUUUCAAGCCCUGGAUAUCCCCAGCCCUACCCACCUGAUCUGCAGUGUAACUACAGCAUACGUGUAGAGAGGGGGCUGUCAAUCAAUCUCAAGUUCCUGGAGCCCUUUGAAAUCGAUGAUCACCAGCAGGUCCACUGCCCUUAUGACCAGCUCAAGAUCCAGGCUGAGAGACAAGAGAUUGGUGACUUCUGCGGUACAGCGUCUCCAGGAUCCAUCGAAACCAACAGCUCUUCAGUGGAUAUCCUUUUCCUCACAGAUGAGUCAGGAUUCAGCCGUGGGUGGAAGAUCCGGUACAGCUCAGAGAGAAUACGAUGCCCACAACCUGUACCAAAUGAUGAGUUCACCAUCAUCAAAGACCCUCAGUCCUUGUAUCGAUUCCAGGAUUAUUUCAUUGUCAGUUGCAAGACGGGAUAUAACUUAAUAGAGGGUAAUGAGAAGCUGGCGUCGUUCACCUCUGUCUGCCAGUAUGAUGGGACCUGGCACCGCUCCAUGCCCCGGUGUGAAAUUGUGAAUUGUGGUGAACCGAAACCUCUGAGCAAUGGGGCCUUUGAUUAUAUAUCACGGGCAAAAAAUAACAACUAUGAAUCCGCUGUCCAGUACCACUGCAAUGAACCCUAUUACAAGCUAUUCAGCAAUAUGGGGAGAGACACGUAUACCUGCUCUGCUCAGGGUUCCUGGAAGAAUCAAGACCACCAGGACAACAUCCCAGUGUGCCUACCUGUGUGCGGAAAGCCAGAGAAUCCCGUCACAGACAUCCAGCGGAUUAUUGGUGGCAGCGAAGCCAAGAAGGGCAGCUUCCCAUGGCAAGCAAAGACUGUCAUUUCUGGGAAUGGCCGUGCAGGUGGGGCAUUGCUGGGAGACCGGUGGAUCCUGACAGCUGCUCACACCGUGUACCCCAAGGGCCAAGCAGAAGUAAGUGAGAUUUUGAGCCUUGAGCAGGUGGCUGAGAAGGCUGAGGUCUUUUUGGGCCAUACAGUGAUAACUGAACUGCAUAAGCUGGGCAACCGCCCUGUCCGCAGGCUGUUUGUCCAUCCAGACUACAAUCCAGAUGCUGAGCACAACUUCGAUGGGGACAUUGCGCUGAUUGAGCUGAGGGACCCUGUGACUCUUGGCCCUGAUGUGCUGCCCAUCUGUCUCCCGGAUCCAGGAAAUGGCACCUUCUAUGUUAGAGGCUGGAUGGGUUAUGCCAGUGGCUUUGGAGUGGAGAAGAACAUCCUUGCUGAUAGGCUGAAGUAUGUGCAACUUCCAGUGGCAAACCGAGCAGCAUGUGAGAACUGGUUGCACGGGAAGAAGAUUAAUGGAAGCGAUCCAGUCUUCUCGGCCAACAUGUUUUGUGCAGGUUCUCCUCGUGAAAGGAAAGACACCUGCCAGGGUGACAGUGGAGGAGUUUUUGCUGUGCGUGACCCAGAGACUGGGCGCUGGGUAGCCACAGGCAUCGUUUCUUGGGGCAUUGGCUGUGCCCAAGGGUAUGGCUUCUACACCAAAGUCAUCCAGUACCUGGACUGGAUCAAGAGCAUCGUGGGAGAAGAUUGGGUCUCAAUGAUACUUUGAGCAUUGGACCUGUGAUUUCUUAUUCAUAUACAGGAAAUGAGUUAAAGUUUAAUUUACAUUGUAAUGAAAUCCAAAGAAAUGCCAUGCUAGUUUAUUUGUAGCAAAAAUAGCAAGAGCCUUGUGGUGCCCUUAAACAGUAACAAAUGUAUUGUUAACUUUUACGGACCAUAAUCUACAAAAGUUUAUAAAUGUGUGAAUUCUUUAAGAUGCCACAAGACUCCAUGUUGAAUUUCUGUUCUUUUCUUCAUUCUCUCUUACAGUAGCUCACCAGAACCAAAUAACUCACAGUUCUACCUUUUCAAAUCCUCCAGAUACCAAUUAAUCAACUAAGGUUUUGGUUGAUUGAUCUAUCAUAUAAAAACUUGCAGCCCUAGGUUGAAGUUAUAGUGAUGUUAUAAACUUAUAUUCUGUUCUA